AUGGCUCUAGACAGCAGACGGAAGGAGCUGCUGUUGAAAACGCUGAUGGAGCUGGGGAAGGACGAAUUUGAGUGCUUCAAGUUCUACACGGACCUGCCUAAAAGGCUGCGUGAAAACACCUGCCGUGUGUACAUUGCUGACCAGCUGGUGAUGAAGCACGGCGAUAACACUCUGCAUGAGACCGUCAAGAUUCUGGAGAAGAUCGGGAACAACAAUUUGGCCCAGGACCUGCGCAGCGACAUGCUGAAAAUAAAAGGCGCCGACUUCUCCGUCAACGAUGACGAUCAGAUUGCCAGAUUGAAGAGGGAGCUCCAAGACAACCUGCGGCGUUUAUACAGCUUUGCUUCCGAGGGCACCACCGAGCGCUGGCAGCAGCAGCCUCUGGCGGAAGUCUACACGGAGCUGGACGUCACCUCCGGGGCAGACAUCAGCCCAGACGGGCGGCACGAGGUCCUUCAAGUGGAGACGUGUGCCGCCGAGGCCAAGGUGUCUAUCCUGCCGUGCGACAUCUUCAAAAACCAUGACGGGAAGCCUCGCCCGAUACGCACGCUGCUCACCUUUGGCUUCGCGGGAAUUGGGAAAACCUUCCUGAUUCAAAAGUUUGUGUCGGACUGGGCCAAUGGUAGUACUAACCAGGAUGUGGACUUCAUAUUUCCUUUCACCUUCAGCGAGUUAAACAUGGAGAAAGGGGAGAGCUUUACGUUGGCUAAGCUGAUCCAAACUUUUGUCUGUGGAGACAGGCACAUGAGCGAGACACUGAACAAUAUAUUUGUCAACCUGCAAACUUCUGGGAAGCGGGACUUUGAAAGCAACCGAAUCAAGAUCUUGUUUAUCCUCGACGGACUGGAUGAGUGCAACUUCAAAAUUGACUUGAAGAAAGUGAGGAAAGUGGACAUGGACGUGAGGGAAAGCUACCCGCUGGAGGUACUGCUGGCAUAUCUCAUCAAAGGGAACUUGCUUCCCUGCGCCCGGGUUUGGAUUACAACGCGGCCCGGGGCAGCCCACGAUAUCCCUUCCGACCUCAUAGACAGCCGAACAGAGGUUAGAGGAUUCAGCGAUUCCCGGAAGUUGGAGUACUUCAGGAAAAGGUUCCCAAAUGAGGAGCGCGUCAUUGAGCACAUUCGGAAAUCUCGCACCAUCUUCAUCAUGUGCCACAUUCCCAUCUUCUGCUGGCUCACCGCCAUAGUUCUUAAGGGUACUUUGGACAAAGGGAAGAAGGGAGAGCUUCCCACAACGCUGACUUACAUGUACUCAGCGCUUAUAGGUCACCUCCUAGAAAACUCCAAGGAGACAAAUACAACGGAGUACGUUUGUGGCGUGAAAGCGCUAGCAAAGCUGGCCUUUGACCACACCAUCAAUCAGCGUCAGAUCUUCGAUGAAAAGGACCUAGAGGACAGCGGUUUUGAUUACAGCCAAGCCGCUAAAUACUCCGGUUUGUUCACCGAGGUGUUAAGGGAGGUCCAUCCGCUCAGAAGCAACAAAAAAAAGAUGUUUCAGUUUAUCCACCUGACCAUCCAGGAGUAUCUGGCCGCACUAUACGUGAUGAUGAGCCUCUUCCACGACAACAAGAACGUACUGAAUGAUUCAGAAUGGAAAAAAAUAAACCAGAAGGCAAUCACUGAGGUCCAGCAGUCGGCUCUGGAGAAAGCCUCAGAGAGUGAAGGAAACCUGGACAUGUUCCUCCGCUUCCUCCUUGGCCUUUCCUUACCGUGCAACCAGGAACUAGUGGGGGAACUGCUGAAGGCUCCUCAGGACUGCGAGCAAAGCAAGUCAAAGACAGUCGAUUUGAUCACGGAAAGGAUCGAACAGAACACUCCAGAGAAGAAUGUCAACUUAUUCUACUGCCUAAACGAGCUGAAGGACGACUCCUUGCUGAAGCGGAUCCAGAAGGAACUAGAUUCAGGACGACAUCUGUCCUGGUAUCAAAUGUCAAAUGACAUGUGGUCGGCCCUGGCCUUUUUCUUACUUACAGACGACGAAACCAUGAAGUCCUUUCAUCUUUCCCGCUACUCUCCAGGGCCUUCGGGGCUCGAGAAGCUGCUGUUGGUUAUCAAGGCUUCUCAAAAAUCAGAUCUAAGUUUAUGUAACCUAGACAAAGGCAGCUGUCAUCUGCUGGCUUCCGUUCUCAGUUCUCCAUCCAACCUGAGGCAUCUGAAUCUGGGCUUGAACCAUCUGUCGGACGAGGGGGUGGAGAUCCUCUCGAAAGGACUGGCCAGCCAACACUGCAACUUAGAAGUCCUCAACCUGUCCGACUGUGGGAUCACCAGUAAAGGAUGUGUUUCAUUGGCCAAGGCUCUCAAGUUAAACCCCUCCCAUCUUCAAGAGCUGGACCUGAGCUGGAACAAACUGUCGUAUGAAGGGGUUGAGAUCCUCUCGGAAGGACUGGACAGCCCACUCUACAUCUUAAAAGUCCUCAGUCUAUUUGAUUGUGACCUGGACAUUGGCAGCUGUCACCUGUUGGCUACUGUUCUCAGUUCUCCAUCCAACCUGAGGCAUCUGGACCUGUACUCCAAUGAUCUAUCGGACAAGGGGGUGGAGAUCCUCUCGAAAGGACUGGCCAGCCAACACUGCAACUUAGAAGUCCUCAACCUGUCCCGAUGUGGGAUCACCAGAAAAGGAUGUGUUUCAUUGGCGGAAGCUCUCAAGUUAAACCCCUCCCAUCUUCAAGAGCUGGACCUGAGCAAGAACCAGUUGUCUGACGAGGGGGUCGAGAUCCUAUCGAAAGGACUGGCCAGCCCACGUUGCAUCUUAAAAGUCCUCAAGCUGUCCGACUGCGGGAUCACCAGUAAAGGAUGUGUUUCAUUGGCUGAGGCUCUCAAGUUAACCUCCUCCCAUCUUCAAGAGCUGUACCUGAGCAAGAACAAGCUGUCUGACGAGGGGGUCGAGAUCCUAUCGAAAGGACUGGCCAGCAAACACUGCAUCUUAAAAGUCCUCAAGCUGCACAACUGCAGGAUUACCAGUAAAGGAUGCGUUUCGUUGGCUGAAGUUCUCAAGUUGAACCCCUCCCAUCUUCAGGACCUGUACCUUUCCAAGAACAAACUAUCGGACGAGGGGGUUGAGAUUCUCUCAAAAGGACUGGCCAGCCCACACUGCAUCUUAAAAGUUCUGAAGCUGUCAGAGUGCGAGAUCACGAAGAAAGGAUGUGCUUCAUUGGCCGAGGCUCUCAAGUUAAACCCCUCCCAUCUUCAAGAGUUAUUUCUCAUCAACUAUCAAAUAGAGGAAGAAGACGAGAGGGUCUUAUUGAAGAUCAAGAAGGAUCCCAGCUAUAGCCUGAGGACUGUCAAAUUUAACACAUGGGAAUAA